UUGCCCGGCAACUACCCGCAUCUUUACGGUGCACCCAAACUCCCGCACUUUCACUCCACUGCGAGAACCUUUUUAUCCUUCUCUUUCUCUGAAUUUAUCGCAUUUCUCCCAGAACUCCCCCUCAAUUUGAUCGCCAUUGUUGUCAAUCUGGACCCUAACCCUAGGCCUCGGCAUGGAGGAGGUGCUGGAAAUGGCGCGGGUGAAGGACACCAAGGAGAGGAUGGCUGCUGUUGAGCGGCUCCACCAGUACCUUGAGUCCUCCCGGAAACACCUCUCGUCAGCGGAAGUCACGGCGCUGGUAGAUUGCUGUUUGGAUCUCUUCAAGGACCACAACUUCCGGGUUUCUCAGGGUGCACUCCAGGCGCUGUCGUCGGCUGCUGUGCUUUCCGGGGAGCACCUCAAGAUUCAUUUCAAUGGGCUGGUGCCUGCCGUGGUGGAGAGGCUUGGCGAUGGGAAACAGCCUGUGAGGGAUGCGGCCCGGCAGCUGUUCAUCACUCUCAUGGAGAUCUCCUCCCCAACAUUCAUUGUUGAAAGAGCUGGGAGUUAUGCAUGGACUCACAAGAGUUGGAGAGUUCGUGAAGAAUUUGCACGCACAGUUGCCGCAGCCGUUGGCCUCUUUGUUUCUACAGAGCUUACACUUCAGAGGGUCUUGCUUCCUCCUGUCUUGCAGUUGUUAGAUGACUCAAACAAUAGUGUAAGAGAAUCUGCGACUACAUGUCUUGAGGAGAUGUACAUGCACAUUGGACCUCAGUUUUACGAUGAACUGCAACGUUAUUAUCUUCCUCCAUCCAUGAUGAAAGAGAUAAACGCCAAACUUGAGAGAUUGGAACCAAAAGCCCGGCAAUCUGAUGGUCUUGGAAGCAACUUUAUCACUGCAGAGAUGAAAUCUUCUAGUAUUAGCCAUAAAAGGACUAGUCCUAAAUCUAAGAGUGCACCAAAGGAACCCUUGUUCUCUACAGCAGAAAGCAAUGUUGCUGAAAAGCAUGUUGAUCCCAUCAAAGUGUAUUCUGAAAAGGUAUUGGUCAAGGAAAUUGAGAAAAUUGCAUCUAUUUUAGUUCCAGAAAAAGAUUGGUCCGUCCGCAUAACCGCAAUGCAAAGAGUUGAAGGCUUAGUGUUCGGAGGUGCGGCUGACUAUCCAUCAUUUCCUAUGCUCUUAAAGCAACUUGUUACCCCUUUGAGCACUCAACUGUCUGAUCGCCGCUCUAGCAUAGUUAAGCAGGCUUGCCACUUGUUAAACUUAUUAUCAAAAGAACUUCUUGGAGGCUUUGAAGCUUGUGCUGAGAUGUUUAUUCCGGUGUUGCUCAAGCUUGUUGUGAUCACUGUCCUUGUAAUUUCUGAAUCCGCAGACAACUGCAUAAAAACAAUGAUCCACAACUGCAAGGUUGCACGAAUCCUUCCUCGGAUUGCUGAUUAUGCGAAGAAUGACCGGAGUGCAGUUCUUCGUGUUAGGUGUUGCGAAUAUGCACACUUGAUGCUAGAUUAUUGGGCUGAUGCUUCAGAUAUUCAACGAUCAGCUGAUCUUUAUGAAGAUCUUCUCAAGUGCUGUGUUGCAGAUGCAAUGUGUGAGGUGCGUGCAACUGCACGAGCAUGCUACUGCUUGUUCUCAAAAACUUGGCCAGAGCGUUCUCACCGUCUUUUUCUAUCAUUUGAUCCAGUCAUUCAAAGGAUAAUAAAUGAUGGAGAUGGCAAUGUGCACAAAAGGUAUGCUUCUCCUUCACUUCGAGAGAGAGGGGUGCAGGUACCCUGUGCUCAAGCUUAUGCAGUUCCUCCAAGUGUUCCUGGAUAUGGGACUUCUGCUAUAGUAGCAAUGGACAAGAGUACGAGUACGCAUUCAGGAUCAACUGUUUCUUUUAGCAGUGUGCUUCUAGCACAAACUAAGCCGUUCAGUAAUAGUUCUGAAAGAAACCUUGAGAGUGUGCUUGAUGCAAGCAAACAAAAAGUUUCAGCCAUUGAAAAUUUGUUAAGAGGUGUAAACCUAGCUGGCAGGCAAAAUUCUUCUGUUGCUCACUCAAGUGGCCUGAAUCUAGGGGUUGAUCCUCCAUCAACUCGAGAUCCACCAUUUCCUCUUGCAGUUCCUGCUAAAAAUAAUCUGUUGUCACCAAAGUCCUUAUUUACUGAUUCAAAUGCAGCUAAUAUUACUGGAGGUGGCAUAAGAAAUAGGAGUUCUCUCACUGAUCUGGUCAAUCCUCAGAUUCAAGCUUCAAGAGAUCUUAGCAAAACUUAUCUGAGUCAUAUAGCAUCUGAUUCAUUGUCAACCGUAUCGUCGCCAUACACCGCUCGAAGAUUUUCUGAACGCCUACAGGAGGGAGGCAAGUUGGAGGAUAUCAGUGAUAAUAGAUCUAUUAGAGCACUCACCUUUUCUCUGCCUGAAAAGCAAUAUUUUGGUGCACCUUAUAGGGAUGCUGGGUAUAUGGAUUCACAUAAUAAUCACAUUCCUAACUUUCAGAGGCCUCUCUUAAGAAAACAGGUGACAAGCAGGGCUUCUGGAAGUGGUAGAAACAGCUCUGAUGACUGCCAACUUGCACUGGGUGAUACGACUGGUAUGAAUGGUCCAGCAUCCCUGAAUGAUGCACUUGCUGAAGGCUUGUGCCCAAGAUCAGAUUGGAUAGCUAGGGUGUCAGCAUUUAAUUAUAUUAGAACAUUUUUACAUCAAGACCCUAAAGGUAUUCAGGAAAUCGCUCAGAGUUUUGAGAAGAUCAUGAAACUAUUUUUCCAGCAUUUAGAUGAUCCUCAUCAUAAAGUUGCUCAGGCAGCUCUUUUGACACUCGCAGAGAUUAUUCCAACUUGCAGAAAGUUGUUUGAGUCUUAUCUUGAAAGGACCCUUCCACAUGUGUUUUCUCGGCUAAUUGACCCUAAAGAACUAGUUAGGCAACCAUGCUCAACAACUUUGGAAAUCGUUGGCAAGACUUAUGGUAUUGAAUUUUUGCUGCCUGCCCUUGUUCGUUCGCUUGAUGAACAAAGGUCUCCUAAGGCGAAAUUGGCUGUUAUUGAGUUUGCAAACAACUCCUUUGGCAAGCACUCGAUAAAUUCUGAUGGUUAUAGCAAUAAUAGUUUUCUUAAGCUAUGGCUUGCAAAGUUGUCUCCAUUGGUGAAUGAUAAAAACACAAAAUUGAAAGAGGCAGCUAUUUCUGCCAUCAUAUCAGUUUACUCACAUUUUGAUCCCGUGUCAGUCUUGAAUUUUAUCCUGAGUCUUGCAGUUGAAAAACAGAACUCAUUAAGGCGUGCACUCAAGCAGUAUACCCCACGUAUUGAGGUUGAAUUAAUAAAUUUCUUGCAAAAUAAGAAAGAGCGCCAACGUUCUAAAUUACUCUAUGACCAGUCAGACACUGUAGGAACUUCUUCUGAGGAAGGAUAUGCUGGAAUCUUAAAGAAAAGUCUCCUUUUUGGAAGGUAUUCCUCAGGUUCAGUUGAUGGUGAAGGUGGCAGGAAGUGGAGUGGUACACAAGAAAUCAACCAACUUAGUGUGGCUAUUGCGCAGGCUGCUUCAGAUGAGACUGUGCAGUGCCUUUAUCAGCACUUUGAGGCUAGCUCUGACUCUGAGGGCCGUGGUUUCAGAAACAAGGGUUUGAACUGCAACAUUAACACUGAUCUGGAAAGUGUUGGAUCAUUGAUAAAUUACUCAGAAAAUGCUGAUAAAAAUGUGGUGAAUAAUGUUGACCAGAAGGUUCUUGGGACCCUUGUUGUUCACAGUAUUAAUGAAGGGGAGCUCACUGAAGAGAAACUUUCUUCUGUGAACAGACAUUCCAUUGCAGAUAAUGAACUUAGCAUUCCACAACUACUUCACCAAGUAUGCAAUGGGACUGAUAGCACUUCAAGUUACCCUACAGGGGAGGCAUUGCAGCAAUUGGUUAAAGCUUCUUUGGUGAAUGAUCACUCUAUUUGGACCAAGUACUUCAACCAAAUUCUUACAUCAGUGCUUGAAGUGUUGGAUGAUAGCAAUCCAUCCACUAGGGAACUUGCUCUUUCUUUAAUAACUGAGUUGUUAAAUAACCAGAAAGAGCUAAUGGAAGAUUCCAUAGAAAUAGUUAUUGAGAAACUGUUUCAUGCAACUAAAGAUAUGGUUGCCGAGGUCUCAAAUGAAGCACACAACUGUUUGACAACUUUAUUAGGACAUUAUGAUCCAUUUAGGUGUCUUAUGGUGAUUGUGCCUUUGUUGGUCAGUGAUGACGAAAGAACUCUUGUUAUUUGCAUCAACUGCUUAACCAAGCUUGUGGGCCGGCUUUCACAAGGAGAGUUGAUGAUGCAAUUACCAUCUUUCUUACCUGCACUUGUUGAUGCAUUUCGGAACCAAAGUCCAGACGUUCGCAAGACUGUUGUGUUCUGCUUAGUUGAUAUCUACAUAAUGCUCGGCAAAGCAUUCUUGCCCUACUUACAAGGUCUGAGCAGCACCCAGCUCCGGCUAGUGACUAUUUACGCCAACCGGAUUUCACAGGCAAGAUCAGGUGCUCCUACUGAUAUUAACCACUAAUGUAUGCAUUUUGUGUGUUCCAUUUGAUUGCGUUGUUUGUUCAUUGUUUUGCAUAUGUAUAUAUAGUGUAAUAUAUGUCCCACAUUUCUUCAAA